AUGGCCGGUAUUGCAUUUGCCGUGUUGUGUCUCGUGGCUUUCUCAGAGGCGACCGUGUUCGUGGAUGAUCCUGACAAUUUGACCGUCGAGGUUGGGGACCAAGCGACGUUUAGAUGCGACUUUAACCAAGACUACGACUGUUCAGUUUCGCAGUGGUUGUAUUCGAGCUCCCAGUGCACUCGUGGUUCCUUUGUAACCAUAGCAACUUGCCGGUCUGUAUCCCUUGUUCCAUCUAUAGACACCAGUCGAUUUUCGUCAACGUUUGAUAAAAGUACCACUCUGCUGCAAAUCAACGAUGUACAACUUAGUGACGCAGGGAACUAUGCCUGCAGGAUUUCUCAUCUGAACGAGUUUUCAAGAUGUGGACAUUUGACUGUAGUUGAACCGCCCACUCCUCAGUGUACGAUGUUAUCAUCAAGUGUCCGAGUAGGAGAUACAGUCAGGUUGACGUGUCGAGUACCAGAGGAGGCUCUCACCCGUACAAAGCUGACAUGGUACCCGCCUGAGACACCCGGCUCCACUUGCAGUCUCAAGAUCGACCCCGGACAGUCUUACACCAUCGAGCGUGUUCUCCAAGAAUCUGAUAAAUUCAGAGUGUUCACUUGUAUUGCUGGCAACGACAUCAAUAACGGACCGAACUGUAACUUGUAUCCGUUCGAAAUCAAGACAGUCAGUGUUCGUUUUCAGCAGGAAAAGUCCGGUGAAAAAUCGGCAUUGAAGUUUGAAUGCGUCGCGGAUGCCGCGCUGUCAGAUACGCGCUACUCGUGGUCCGUGAGAGUUGUUGAAUUUCCAAAUGGUACACAACCAGAGUGGAUCGAUGCCAGCACGGACGAUAGAUUCGUGAUCGUCGGUGAUCAGACGAGAUUUCUUCUGUUGAUUCCUGGACAAGACGACGAUGGUUUGCAGGUGAGAUGUACGGCCUACAGCGCCAUUGGCACGAGCAAGACGAGCAAAGUUCUGACUAUCAUCCCCUUCCCCGACGACCAUUUCGUGACCAACAGCACGUCUGGUGGUGACGAAGACUCCCAUGAACCUCCUUACUUGUGGAUUGGUAUCGGUGGAUUGUCAGUUACUUCUGUUGGUGGAUUGCUCAUCAUCUGCUUCAUGUGUACACGGAGGAGCGUACUGGGCAAUCAGGAGGACUCUGGAACUCGCGACGGAGGAGUGCAGGAUCUUAGUAUCGUCUUAGAUGAUGGGUAUGAGAUACCAAGGCUUGAUGCCAACCGAGGUCCUACUGCAAACAGCGAGUACAUGGAGAUGAAUGCUGCCCGCUAG